GACAGACGAGGAACAAAAGCCUGUGUCCUGUGUAGGAGCGCGGGCUAAGUGCUACUAAGAAAAUUACUCAGGCUCUGGGAUAAAAAUGCUGCAACAAACGCCACAGUGACAAUGGGAGGGAGUUAUUUGAGGGUCUCCUCCCCACCUUCGUGCAUCUACCGGUUCCUCCCGCAGCGGUUCUGGUCCAGAGGUGCUCGGUGCCCAGUAAGCACUGUGACACCGGGAGUAGGGGGUGGGAGGCCGGGUGUCCCCAGCCAGGGCCUGACUCCGCCCAGACACGCCCCCGCUCGCGCUCCGCACCUUGCUCAAUGCCUCAGAUACUCCCGCGUCCUCCGAGUUGUCCUGAGCCCCAUGGAGACAGCACCGGACGCGCCCCAGGAGAGCGGCGGGGCCCAGGCGCUGCUGAGCGAGCUGGAGGCGCGGGUCCAGGAUGUGGUGAGGGCGAGCUCGUGGUGGGAGCGCCACGGCGUGGAUUGCGCCAUCCUCGCGCUCAGCCUCCUCUCCUUGCUGCCUGGGUUCCUGUGCCUGCGCUCUGAGAAUGUCCUGGUCUUUGUCCUGGGUAUCACCAUCCUGGGUGUGUGCCACUACACGCUCACUGUCAAGGGCAGCCACCUGGCCACCCACGGCGCCCUCACAGAAUCCAAACGCUGGAGCAAGAUCUGGGCACUUUUCUUUGUGGAGGUAUGCACGGCCUUCCCCGCAGAGUACGCCAAGUAUGGACACGUCAAGAUACACCAUGGCUAUACCAACGUGCUGGGCUUGGGGGACUCGAGCACGUGGCGGCUGCCUUGCCUCAACCGCUACAUCUACAUGUUCCUUGCUCCUCUUUUGAUCCCCAUCAUAACCCCAGUGGUGGCUGUUGCGCGGCUGAGUAAUAUGGAGCUCAGGGUGGCUCUGCGGACGCUGGGCCUGAUUUCCCUGGGCCUUUAUUCUCACUACUGGCUGCUCUUGAACGUGUCUGGCUUCAAGAGCCCCAGCUCAGCCCUGGCCUGCAUGCUCGUCACCAGAUCCCUGCUGGCCCACCCUUUCCUCCAUGUCAACGUCUUCCAGCACAUCGGGCUCCCCAUGUUCUCCCGGGACAAGAAGCCACGACGGAUUCACAUGAUGAGCCUGGGCGUGCUUAACCUGCCCCGGCUGCCCGUGCUGGACUGGGCGUUCGGCCACUCCAUCAUCAGCUGCCAUGUGGAGCACCAUUUCUUCCCCAGGCUCUCUGACAACAUGUGCCUGAAGGUGAAGCCCGUGGUGUCCCAGUUCCUCCAGGAGAAGCAGCUGCCUUACAACGAGGACACCUACCUGGCUCGCUUCCGGCUGUUCCUCAAUCAAUACGAGGAGUUCAUGGUGCAGGCCCCUCCCAUCACUGAGCUGGUGGGGCUGCAAUGAGGGCUGGGCCAGCACAGUCCCCCUGCUCCCCUUCCCGGGCCCAACCCUGGCUCUCCCGCUCCUGCUGGCCAUCCCUGGGGCCGGGAAGGUGCGGGCCCUUCCCCAGUGGGGGUGGCUGGGCUGCUGGGCAGACAGCGAGGCAGGGAUCUCCUGCUGGAGGCCCUGGGGGUCACCUGCCCUGCUUGCUUUUCUGAGUUGCGAGGGAUAUCUGGAGAAAAGAAUAAAGGUGGCUGGGCAUUCUGGGCAGUCUGGCCAACUUCAUCUCAGGACUAACCAGCUGGAUUCCUCCCCUGCUGUGCCUGAGCCUUUGUAGAGCUAAGGGAGGGUGACAGUGAGGACAGGCCACAUGCAGGGGGCAGGCGAGGAGGGGGCACGGAGAGAGCAGGGUCAGCUCUUGGCUAAGGCCUCCCGGAUGCCAGGAGAGCCGUACACUUAGUGGCUACUGCUUCUUCCUGUGCCCUUGGAGGCUCUGUCCCUUAAGGAACCCUCUCCCCAGAGACCACAGGGGAGGCUACCUUUGGCAGACCUUCCUCGUUUCCCAGCCAGAGAAGCCUGUGCAAGACACAGCCUGGCUCCACAGCUCCCAAGAGCCAGGCAUCAGUGAGAUCUAAAUAUGUGUUUUGUGAGGAGAGCACUCCAGUUUCUGGAAGUAAGGGGAGAAAAAGUAUAAAUAGCUUUGAGCAUGACCUUGGCUAGAUCUAGAAAAAAAUCUGCUUUGUUCCAUGAUAUUUAGAAGGAGGGGGCCUGGAAGAAUUAUCAAUUGAGGGAGAGCAAAAUUACUGGGAGGGUAACUGAGGCUAGAGGGGGUGAUGGCAAAGGGUCUGGAGGACAGAUGGCCUUAGAGAGGAAAGGGAGGAGGAGAAGGAGUGUGGGGUGCAGGUAUAAGAGCUGGAAGUCAAGGGCUGGGCUGGGCUGGGCUGGCUUGUCAGAGCUUUUUCUGCAGCCUGGGAGGGAGUCCGGAAUGUCGUGGAAUAUUGAUGCCAGCCAGAGGACGAGGUCGAGGUGCUGGGGGACACCACUAAGUCAACCAGAAGUAAGCAGACUUGAGAGAGGGCUGGGAGCUGCCCUGGCUGGAGGCUGGAAGAGGGGGUACAAGGAAGGGCCCAGCUGGAGGCUGACGGAGGGUCAGAGAAGGAAGUCAAAGAAGUUAGUUUAAAACAGGGUUUCUUGCCUCGGCACUCUGACAUUUUGGCCUGAUGGUUCUUUGUUGUUGGGGCCUGUCCUGUGCAUUGUAGGAUGUUUAGCAGGAUCCGUAGCUUCCCACUUGGUGCCAGGAGCCCAAGUUGUGACCAUCAAAAAUGGCUGAAGUCACUGACAAAUGUCCCCUGGGGGAAGAUCAUCCCUGAUUAAGAACAUGCAGGUCAUGUUCUGAGAGCAUAACUGCCUUAUUUUUCAGUGAAGUCCUUGGACGGGGCAAAGGGCAUGCUGCCCCUGAUGUUGAGAAGCUAAAUGUCAGCAAAUGGGACGGGCUGAUGGGUCAGAUGGCAGGUGAGGGAAUUCUCUAGGCCUGGCCCUGUUGGAGAACCCAUCUCUAGUGAGGCCUUAGGUAGCCCUGCUGCGUAGCUGCCAUUGGCCCCUCCCGAUCCUUUCCCCACUCCUCUCCACCCUGCUUUUCUCUACCAAAGGCACACUCUUGCAGGCACCCUCUCCUGCAGCGACCACUGUCACUCCUUGUGAAAACAGCUCCUUCAUUUGCUCCUUCAAGGCCUGGGGUGGUAGUCGCUUCCAGUUGUUUCUAGCCCAGGGGUGCUUCACGGUUUCCUUAAUCUUACUUACACCUCUGUACAAAGUUCCUUCAUUAAACACUCUGCAAUCAGACCUUUUGAGCAUGCCAUCUGUUUCCUGGUGGGAGGCUGAUGGAUAGAGCAGUUUUGGAUCCACGCAGCCCUCUUGCAAGGAGGCUGGCUUGGCAGCCUCCCCAGCCUACUGCUUUGCUAUACCUUACUGCUGCUCUUUUGAAAGGCACGAGUAGCUCAGAAAUGGCCUUAAGGUCUGGGAGUGAGACUCAUCAAACUGCCAGUUCUCCAUAUGAAAAAUGCAAUGUCAGAAAAAGCUCCGUUGCACAGUCCUGGCUAAUGAUUAAAACCGUCCUAAUACACAA